UGAUUUCCUUUAGGAUGGAUUGGUUUGAUCUCCUUGGUGUCCAAAGGUCUCUCAAGAGUCUUCUCCAUGCAUAGGAAUCUUGUUAAAAUAAAGAUGCUGGCUCUAGGGGCCUGGGGUGGGGGUGCUGAGACUUCCCCAUUCCCAACCAGUUCCCAGAUGCUUCUGCUGGUCUGAGGCCACGCUCUGAGUUCUGGUGGAUUUGGGAAAUCUCAGCCAGGUUCUGAAAAUGGCCACAGACCUGCUGCCUUGGGUGGGGGAGGGCAAGCAUCGCCUCGACUUCAAUGCUGGGACUCUAGCCUUGGUGAUAGGCCCACGGCAGUCUGUUGUUGGAUCAUCUGCCAUCAGCUUCUCAACAGAGAAAGGAAAGCAGCAGCGUUCAUUUUAAGAAAACAUCAUUAUUUUAAGCUGUUCUGCCCCUUCCCCACAUCUCCAAGUUCUAUGACACAUCCUUGUUGAAAAUGCUGAUAAUGCUAUUUGGGUGGCGGGAAGCCAGUUUCUGGCUGUUCAUUGCUUGAGGCUGGGGCUAGGGUCAGGGCAGGAGGCGGGGUCUGUGGAGGGUUUAAGGAGAGAAAGGGGCCAGGCAGAUGGAGAAGCCAAGGCCUGGGAAUAAAGCUGAUUGGUGUGUCAGCAAAAUCUGUCACUGGCUUUGGUGAUUCGAAAGGCAGACACAUUCUUUCAUCUCUGUUAAUCCUCAUCUGAUACAGGAUUUCCCUGCCAUUAAAUCUGGAGAAAGAAAAAUAGGUACUCAAACCUGCACCAGCAACUAUUUCUCCUCUCCUCCUGCUCACCAUCCUCCCUGCCCUCACUUUACUUCUCUGUCGAAUCAUUUUUAACAUCUGUGGCUGCUUGAUUCGGGAGAUGGAUGGGCUGGGGGAGCCGAAGGGCACCUCGGAGGAGGAGCGGGAUCAAGCAGACCCCUAGGAUGGUAGGGAUUCCACAGCUGGGUGGUUCUAAGCCAGCAGGCACAUGGAAAGCUGUGGGAUGCUGAGCCUGCUGCUGCAUGCGAUGGUCCUCGGCCUGCCCAGCACCCGGGCUGCCGAGGACACCUGCGUGAACGCCUGCCCGGCCGCCUGCGUUUGCAGCAGCGUGGAGCGCCGCUGCUCCGUGCGCUGCGACCGCGCGGGCCUCCUGAGGGUGCCGGCCGAGUUCCCGUGCGAGGCGGCCUCCAUCGACCUGGACCGCAACGGCCUGCGCUUCCUGGGCGAGCGGGCCUUUGGCACGCUGCCGUCGCUGCGCCGCCUGUCGCUGCGCCACAACAACCUGUCCUUCAUCACGCCCGGCGCCUUCAAGGGCCUGCCGCGCCUGGCCGAGCUGAGCCUGGCGCACAACGGCGACCUGCGCUACCUGCACGCGCGCACCUUCACCGCUCUCGGCCGCCUGCGUCGCCUCGACCUGACAGUCUGCCGCCUCUUCAGCGUGCCCGAGCGCCUUCUGGCCGAGCUGCCCGCUCUGCGCGAGCUCGCCGCCUUCGACAACCUGUUCCGCCGCGUGCCCGGCGCGCUGCGCGGCCUGGCCAACCUGACGCAUGCGCACCUGGAGCGCAGCCGCAUCGAGGCCGUGGCCUCCAGCUCGCUGCUGGGCCUGCGCCGCCUGCGCUCGCUCAGCCUGCAGGGCAACCGCGUGCGCGCCGUGCACGGCGGCGCCUUCCGCGACUGCAGCGCCCUGGAACACCUGCUGCUCAACGACAACCUGCUGGCCGCGCUGCCGGCCGAUGCCUUCCUCGGCCUCCGCCGCCUGCGCACGCUCAACCUGGGCGGCAAUGCGCUGGGCCGCGUGGUGCGCGCCUGGUUUGCCGAGCUGGCCGAGCUCGAGCUGCUCUACCUGGACCGCAACCGCAUCGCCUUCGUGGAGGAGGGCGCCUUCCAGAACCUCUCGGGCCUCCUGGCCCUGCAUCUCAACGGCAAUCACCUCACUGUGCUUGCCUGGGCUGCCUUCCAGCCCGGCUUCUUCCUGGGCCGCCUCUUCCUCUUCCGCAACCCGUGGCGCUGCGACUGCCGCCUGGAGUGGCUGCGGGACUGGAUGGAGAGCUUUGGGCGCACCGCUGACGUGCCCUGCGCCUCUCCGGGCUCGGUGGCUGGCCUCGACCUCCGCCAGGUGGCCUUCGGGCGCUCCUCCGAAGGCUUCUGUGUGGACCCUGACGAGCUGAACCUCACGGCUUCCAGUCCCGGCUCAUCCCCAGAGCCGGCGGCCACCACAGUGAGCAGGUUCAGCAGCCUCCUCUCGAAGCUGUUGGCCCCGAGGGCCCCGGUGGCGGAGGCAGCCAAUACCACUAAGGGGCCGGUCAACACCUCGCUGUCCGACAGCCUUCCCUCUCUCGGGGUAGGCGGCUCGGGCCACAAGACCCCGUUUCUCGUGGGCUCUGGUCUCCUGCUCAGUGUGGCCCAGCACGUGCUGUUUGUCCUCCAGAGGGACUGACUGUGCCACACCAGGGUGGCCCAGACUGCCUUGGCGGGGCAGAGGGGAGGUUGUUAACUGGGCUGGAUGGUGGUUGGUGGGGAGAGGGGCACAGGAUGGGGGCAGGGAGUGGAAGUUUCAGCGAAGGAUGGAAGGACCAGUCUGCCAUCAGAGGUGACCUGGGAAGAGGAGGACCUUGGGAAAUACCCUGUGUGGGAGGGUGGGGUUUAUGGAUUUCUGCUCUUGUCACAUGAGCAUCAGUUGAAAAAGAGAAGCAACAAUGAACAGGUGCCCUCUGGUGAGAAGACUAGGAAUUGGAAGUUUCUGUGGCUACAGAACUCCAUCCCUGCCCCUCCCCACCCCCAUCUUCUAGGAAACUGGGUCUGCAUGCCUGAAUUAGAGUUAAUCCAUUCAGUUCAGUUCAGUCGCUCAGUCGUGUCCGACUCUUUGCGACCCCAUGGACUGCAGCACGCCAGUUAAUCCAUUCGCUAAGUACUAAAAAUUGUGCCAGUUCUCCUGGUGGGGCAACCAUUAAGUCCAAUCCCUUUGUUUUCUAGUACAACCCUCCUCCCCCUCCUCCAGGAGCCUGGGGACACUAGGGUCCAGGAAGAUGGGUAGGACAGAAGGCCAGUGGGAAGGGGACUUAGACCCAAGGUAGUGGAGGUGGUUCCUGUGGUUCCAGAUGUGUCAGGAGGUGUUUAAAACAAAGAUUCAUUACUCUGCACUUAUUCCCAGGGGUGGCCUUAGCUUCAAAAGAACUUUAGGGCAGGGUAGGGAAAAAAAGAGGAGGGGUAUUGUCUGUGGACAAAUAUAUUUGUAAAAUCUUAAGGUUAAAAAAAAAAAGAUUAAACAGGUUUCUCUUCUGCAGGACUUUUCAAGGGUCUUUUGUGUGCAAACAUGCAUUGUUACUCUCCCGAGGAGGCCACAAAAUCCUCUUUGCUUUGUGUUUUGGAAAGACACAAGAGAUGCUAUAUUAGCGGAGCAGGGAGUCUCCAGCUUGGACGAUCCUAUUAGGUGUGGGAAUUAUCAUGAGCUUUGCACUUCGGGGCUAGGAGAAAAGGUGGCAGCCAGUAGCUGGGCAGGGGGUGCUGAGAGAUUUUCCAGGGUGCAAGGUGGCCAACUGUAAGCUCCCAGGCCAGAAUGCCAGAGCAGGGGCUGUGUGUCUCUAUGUAUGUGCUCAAGUCAUCCUCCACACAUGUGUAAUGAUGACUGCCUUUGUGACACUCUGGCAGUCUCUAAUCUUAAUGUCCUCUCUCUGUAUUUGAAGGGCUGGGUUUUCAAAGCCCACAUGGAUUCAGGGUGCACAGAGCUGUGUUCUUCAAGGGCAUAGUGCUUCUUCUGUGUCUCCAGGUAACACUAGGUAUUAGAAAUGUUGCAGAAAGCACCACUGAGGGCAGGAGUGUUCCGAUGGAUUAUGACCGUUAGCGGUCAUCAGCUCAAUGGGUCUCAGCUGGCAUUAAAAAAAAAUAAGGUAUAACCAAAAAGUCACAGAACUUUGUGUAAUAAGUGUUAUUUUGUGGAUUUUUUAAUUUAAUCUGUAUGCAUUUGUUCAGAUUUUAUAUAUGUGUGUGUGUGUCUGGAUUGCUGCAUACAAUUUAUAUUGUGGUUUAUUGUUAAAAAAGUUUGAAAGUCACUAAUCUGGAACAUACAUGGUUUUUUAAAUGUUUUCUUUGGAAAACUCUCAAACCUACAGAAAAGUUGCAAGAAUAAUAGGUUUCUCAUUUGCUAACAUUGUAUUGUAUUUGUUUUGUCUCUCUCUUUGUUAUUAUCAUUUCUCACAAACAGUUUGAGUUAGUUGUAAACAUCAUGCCUCUUUACUUAUACAUACCUCAAUGUAUAUUUCCUAAGAACAAGGACCUUCUCUUAUCCACAGUGGCACUAUCACAGUCACGAACUUUAUCACUGGUAGAAUACUAUUAUUUAAAAUAGAAACUAUAUAGAAAUUUCAGCAGUUGUCAAAAUGAUUUUUUAGGCAGUCAUUUUUCAUGCGGGUGGAAAAUGAGGUUCCUAGGUCAUGGCUUGUAUUCAUUUGAUCACAGUACUCAAAAUUCUUAAUUCAUCAGUUGAUUUUUAAGGUUUCAAAAUAAAUUCGUUCUCCAAAUGUCUUACUUUUCAAAUGUGAGAACCAGAUGAGGUCAGAAAUGUUGUUUGUUCAAACCGUGUGUUGUGGCCAUGGUAACUGAAUGAGGAUCACGAGAAUCCUGGAGGCGAGAUCUCUGCAUUGGGUAACCAUGUGCAUCCACAGCAGCCUGUGUUUCUGAGGAACAAGGUGCUGCCCUGGGAGGAAUGUCCAUCCUUUAAUUUGGAGUGGGUUCUUGAGAGUCAGCUUCAAAAUGCUGCUCCAAUUCUGCCUGGUGGUGAGGUGGUGAGCUGUUUAAUGAACAUUUGUUUGGCUGAAUGUUUCUAAACAAGUAUAAGCGCUGAAAUAGCCUCCAGGGAACAGAUUUUUAUAGAGCUACCCAGCCCAGUAGAAUUCUGGGAACGUGGGAGUUCCUUACUGCCAAACAGAUCCAGAGCUGCCUGGAACGAGUUCCCAGCGAAUUGUGGCCAUUAUGAGCUCUCAUGAGAGAAAGCAGAGUGGAGAGUUCCCAGUUUGGAGUUCAGUAAGUUUCUUACCCCAUCAUUGGCUAAUUAGUACC